AUGCACGCGUCAACGCUUUUUGUUUUGUUUUCGUUUGUGUUCUUUGCUGCGUAUUUUCUACUUAGAAGUCCGACCAUAAGAAGGAAUGGAGUUGCCCUGAAGCGACCUCCAAAUACCUUGCCGCUUGUGGGAAACGGCAUUCUGUUUCUACAAGCACGUCACAAGCUGUUUUCGUGGUUUGUUAAAUGUGAGCGUCAGUUUGGAUUCGAAACUUUUCAAAUAUCUGUUCCAUCUCUGCCACCUGGUGUGGUGAUCAACGACCCGAAGAACUUGGAAUAUGUAUUCAAGAACGAAGGCAUCUUUGCCAAGGGUGACUUUUUCAAGAGGAGGUCAUGGGACUUAUUUGGAAAUGGUAUCAUUAACGCAGACGGUGAACUAUGGAAGGUUCAGCGAAAGGCUGGCCUCCACUUCUUGAACAACACCAACCUUAAAGUCUUAAACGACGUUGCUCUUCCUGACUACCUCAAUGAGACGGUCGAGAGCCUCCAAGAAGUCAAGCAGGGGUCAGUGGUGGAUCUAGAGGAAGUGCUUCACGAAUUGACAACCCAGCUGAUGGGUCGAAUGGCUUACAAUAUGGACAUUCACAACUCGGACCCUUUUUCGAAAGCCUUCGACUUUGCUUCCGGUGCCACAGGAGAAAGAUUUCAGAACCCGCUGUGGCAGAUCAGUGAGAUCUUUCUUGGAGAAAAAUUCAGGGAUUCAGUUGCACAAGUCAAAGCAUUUGGCUCCAUGAUCGUUGCCAAUGCUAUUCAAACCAGAAAGAGCAAGACAACCGAAACCGAUUCCGCUUUAGAUGCAAUGUCUGGGAGUUUGAUAAAUUCCCUGCUCGAUUCUAUUGACGACCAAGACACGGUUGCAGAUGCUGCUUUGAAUUAUCUAUCUGCUGGUCGGGACACCACUGCACAGGCACUGACAUGGACAUUCUACCUGCUCAUGCGAAAUCCUAGUAAGGCCGAAGCAGUCAGACAGGAGGUGAUGCAGGUAGCUGAGCUCGACCCCUCUUUUCGACCAGGUACAUGGCCAACAGGUAGUGUCCAAUAUCUCAAAACGGCCAUAUUCCGGCCUAUAGCACUCCCAUAUGUCACAGCCGUAUUUCAUGAGGCGCUUAGACUGUACCCACCUGUACCCUUCGAGCUCAAGCAGUGUGAACAAGCGACGACCCUUCCAGACGGCACAUAUCUCCCCAAGGAUUCUAUUCUUGUUUGGUGUACCUGGGCUAUGAAUCGGUCUAGACUGAUAUGGGGCGAAGACUCGGCAGAGUUCAGGCCAGAGAGAUGGCUGGCAGACGGCGUUCUUAUUUCAAAAACCGCAUUCGAGUAUCCGGUCUUCAAUGGUGGCCCCAGAACUUGUCUGGGCAAGACAAUGGCAAUAUCCGUUGCAGUACAAAGUAUAGCUACGCUGCUGGCUAAAUUCGACUUUCAGCUUGCCGACAAGAAAGAGAGAAUCAGUAAGAACAGUCUGACACUGCCAAUGGAAGGCGGACUUCCUUGUCGUGUUAAUAUUCGGGGAGACUGA